AUGGCUUCAUUCCGCCUUGUUUUCUUGCUAUUCCUCUGCUGCUGCUUCACUGCAGUAUUUGCAGAUGUUAUCACUUCCUACUGUAAUGAAAAUUCCACCAUUAAGAGUCCUCAAAUGUCAGCAAAUAUCGACAACUUGCUGGCUGGACUAGCAACAAACACGGCUCAAAAUGGUUUCGCCAUCGCGAGCUAUGGCUCGGGUAGUGACGCCGUCUAUGGGCUGGGGCAGUGCAGACAAGAUGUGAGCAGAUCAGAUUGCUCCACCUGCAUCAAUGAUGCAGCAAGCUCCAUCAAAACCCAAUGCGGAUUUGAUCCUGUUAUUAAUAGUACUGAUCAAAGGAGAUGGUAUGAUAACUGUUUCCUAAGGUAUUUGGACCAGAAUUUCUUUGGAAAAGUCGAUACCUCUGUUGUUUCCAACUUGUACAACAGUGAUCAUCCCCAAAGCCCAUCUCUCUUCAAGAAACAAGUCACCAGUCUGAUCAGUAACCUCACUUCACAAGCUGUUGUGCCGGGGAACAAAGGGUUCGCGAAAGGAACUCUUGGAGUAUCGUCUUCUGUUACCCUUUACGGCUUGGUUCAGUGCACUCAGGACUUGUCUCUCAGUUCUUGCACGAGUUGUCUGAAAACUGGUGUUGCCAACCUUUCCAACCUCUGCAAUAAUCUGAAAUCCGUAGGAUGUCGCCUUCAAUACUCCAGCUGCAUUCUGCGCUACGAAAUCGCUCCAUUCUAA